AUGUUUAAGAUGAAGCGCACGGGGUGGGGUCCAUAUACAGGCGCGAUGCUGAAAGAGAAACGGCUUGCCAGAGAGAAAUUUACCGAGGACGAUAUCACCCGCCUGCAGGGUGCAAUUAUAGAAUACGAAAGAGACAAGUGGAAGGUGAUUGCUCAGAAGAUGGGAAUGUCAGAACAGACCUGUGAACAAUACGCGAAGGCGCUUUUAUCAGAUUCUCCUAUCACGCUGCUUGGUGACUGA